AAAAACUUAAAUAAAUAGUUGUAUGUAUAAACUCAAAAAAAGACACAUCACUGAUCAUUAUGUCGGGCAUCUAUUUUGCCAGCGGCGACAGCAAUGCCAACGUCGAAUACCAAACCAUCUCCUCCACUGCUACCAACGAAAUUAGCCCUGAGCAAACAGAGCGUUUGCAUGAUUUGAUUUCAAAGGCACAACUCGAGAAAUUGCACGAAUGCUUUAAUGCAUGUCCAAAUCAAGUUGUGGGCUUCACCGAAUUGCGACGAUUGCUUGAGGAUGUGGACGUCACGUUUAGUGAUUACACCUAUAAUCGUUUAUUUCUCAAGAUCAAUCAGAAUCGGGAUUUCAUGAUUGAUUGGAAUGAGUUUGUUUCGUAUUUGAUCUUUGGUUUCCAGGAGGAGGAUCCCAGUAGUCAAAAGGAAGCACUAAUUAUGCCUAUUUCAACGGCGCCAUCGGUACGAAAAACCGAACACAGAUCCGCAGUGUGUUGUCUGGCAUUGCUCAAGGUGAAGUCCGAUCAGACGCCGCUUGAGGAGAUUACAGAGACCACGAACUAUUCGUUUGGUGGCGAAGAUUCGCCUGAGAAUUCUGGCAUGUGGGUGACGGCCAGUCAUGAGGGACAGCUGCGCUUCUGGAGCGCACACAUGGAACCGCUGCGCAGUGCGGUCUCCGAGAGCAUUCACUUGAAGAUGCCCACUUGGAUAUUGGCACUUCAAGCGCUGUCCGACGUCAGCAUCGUUUGCACCUCGUCCACCGAACGUGAGUUGAGGUUCCAUGAGACAAUUGCCUCCACGUUCACGCUGCGCAUGGUAAUUCGUAGUCUACCCUAUGCCGUCUACUGCAUGAGCUAUGCCUUCUAUAACAAUGGCAAAGUGCACUCCAAGUUGGUACUGGGUGAUUAUGCGGGCAAUGUGCGCAUCUUGUCCUAUUCUCCUUAUUUGCGUGGUCCAUUCCAAGCCAAACCGGGCGCUGCUUUGAUCGAGCUCGUCUGGGCAGAUGUGUUACGUGGUCGCAUUCCGUUGUUGGUGCCGCGGGAAUACAUUAAUCUGCACAAUGAGCUCAUCUCAUGUGUCUACUACUCGCUGCACAUGAACACGCUGUUCGCCUCGGCGGAGUAUCGCAACACGAAGAAGUAUCGCGGUCGUUGUCCUGGCCUCAUCAUGGUCAGCAACGAUGAUCGCAACAACUUUCGCAUUCCUUUGGGUGUCACCGUCUUCUAUGUGUCGGAAAUUAAGAAUAUUCUAGUCACUGGUGGCCCAGAUACCUUUGUACGCAUCUGGGAUGUUUAUGUUUCAUCGGAACCAUCGGCUAUACUUACUGGCCACAAUGGUGGCAUCGUGGCAGUCUUUGUGCAGCCGGAAGAGAACAAAGUAUACAGUGUUGACUAUCACAAGAUCAUCAAGGUGUGGGAUUUGCAAGAGCACACAUUGCUUCAAACCUAUGGCGAUCUGGUGCGCAUCAUUCACCACAGCGAAAUGGACAUCAAGUACUAUUAUCAUUCGCAUCUGCGGGAAUUGAUGGUUGCGGGUCGCAAGCUCAUCUCGAUCAAGUGCUGUCCGCGGGUUCGUGUCGAUCUCACCGAUGGCAAUACGCAUGCUGCUCCCGUCUCGGUGGUGCUUUAUAAUCGUCUGUUUCGGAACAUUGUCACUUGUGGUUUGGAUAGCUAUAUUAUUGUCUGGGAUCCGUGGAGUGGCAGGCGCAAGAUCAUCAUGAAGAAUUGUCAUACGAAGAUGAUCUACGGUGAGACUAUUGAUAUUGAGAUCACGGCCGCCUGCUUUGAUCCGCUGGAACAGUUUCUGUUGACGGGUGCUCGGGAUGGUUCGCUUAAGAUUUGGAACUACAACAAUUCGGUGGUGAUACGUAACAUGAGCAUACAGCCGGAUCAGGAGGUCACAGCGGUUAUUUGGGUUGUAGAUCGCAUACUCGCGAUGGGCUGGGAUCGACAGGUUACCGAGUUCAACGAUGUUGUGGGUCGUGAGUAUGGCGAUCCGAAGAAGUGGUCCAAGUUUCACACAGACGACAUCACUUGCGCCGAUGUUAAGUUGGGCGAGGGUGUUGUUACGGCCACCUAUUCGGGUGAGAUUAUCUUCUGGAAACUGGAGACAGGUCAGCCAUAUCGACGCUACAAUGUCAUGGAUCCCAAGCGCUUCAUUGAGCUAAAACUCAGUCGGGAUGAGGAGAAGCAUGAGCGACGCAGCAAACGCAUGUCCUCGUUGUCGGCAAUCGCGCGUAUGUCGCGCAACACGACGCUUGGUAGCUUAAACAAACCCGAUGAGAUUAAAGAUUACGGCAGCAAUAUACCUGUCUCUGUGCAGGCGGUGCUCUUUCUGCAGAAGCGUCCCAUGACCAAGGAUCACGGGAGUGUCUUUAUCUCGUUGGAUACGGGUAUUAUUCAGGUGUAUUCGCAUCAUCAGCAUGGCGGCAUCCUCAGUCAGUUCUAUGCGGUGCACAAGUUGGGCGAUUGCGUGCUCACCAUGGCUACGGAUCGCAAGAAUCGUUUUUUAUAUACUGGUACAGCCUUCGGAUACAUCAAGGUCUGGCACAUUGUCAAUUAUUGUGUACCAGAGGCAGAGAAGAUUCACGUGUGCAUGCCUAGACUGCGACUGGAGUUCAUUUUUCUGCGCAAGGAAGUCUUUCUGCCCAGAGCCAAGCGCAUAGUGAGAAAUCAACCGGAGCCGAUGCUGGUCAGUUCCUAUAAGGGACAUUUGAAGGCCAUCAAUUCCAUUGGUUUCAUCAAUUUGCCCAAGAUAAUAUUCACUGGCAGUCACGACUACUCGUGUCGCUUGUGGACCCAAGGCGGUCGUUACCUUGGCACCUUGGGCACAGUGCUGCCGUGGUCGAAGCUGUCGCCCUUCGAGCGCGCCGGUGAGGAUAAUCGCGCCUAUCGUCUACCACCCGACAUCAAGAAGGUUGCCAGCUCCACAACGCUUAAGGUCAUUACGGGCGUACAGUACCACACGCCGGUAAAACGCGCCCGAGUCAGUGAGAAGCGCGAGGAUGAUCGUGAGAUGGAGGAGAGCACUGCCAACGAUUUAAAGAGCAUGUUCGACAAGCCGCUCAGAGAACCCAUUCUGGGCAAUCACUUUACACUGCCCGGUCGCAGUGCCAUCGAGCAGCGCAUCGAACUGGACACAACGCAGCUUUAUAUUCCAGUCUACACGCAUCUGCGUGUGCAUCCCUCGACGAUGAUGGACAAUCUGCCCACGCCACCUAUUAUUGGGCAGGUGAAGGCGGAGAAUUAUUUGAAUCAUUACAUGCCCGUUGAGGGAAAAGUCGAUCCCAAUACGUCGGCAAUAAAUAUAAGAGAACCGCAACCGUUGCAGCCACAGCAGCCACAAGUGCGCUACAAAGCUGGAGCUGCCUCCUCCUCCAGUCAGCAGAAGCCACGCAAAUCCAAAACCAAACCGUCCUAAUACUAAAACUUGUUUAUUAUUUCUUUGUGUGUCGCGUGCAAUUAUAAAGUGAAUCCUUUCUAGGAGUGCAGCA